AUGAAGAUCGGAGAUGAAACCCCACAAUCUGUCACUGAGAACGGCUAUGAUUCGUCGGUCGGAAAAUGUCAGAGAGAUAAGAUGGCCGAAUGGAGAAUGUGGAGUAUCGAUGCCGUGUCACUUGAUCGGGAUGGAUACCGAUGGGGACUGAGACCGGGUUCACCAGCCGGUGCCUCGAUUCAAUUCAUCACUGGUUUCCGAGGAGGCGUGGGCUUUUAA